AUGUGCAUUUUCCAGAUGUCUACAAGUGCUGGAAAUCUUGGUGUGCUUAUGCCAAAAAUAGCUACGCUUUUAAAAAGAAUGAGCCCAAUAUCGCAACCGUCUACGAAGCUCAGGAAUUUGUUUAGGGAUUUCUGGUUCUAUUGCACAGUUCUUGGCUUCGACGUGGAGUAUUCAGGAUUGUGGCCAGAAGACUGGUACAAUGCGGUGUGCGUAAUUGCCACCAAGUCGCCGGUACUCAUCGCCCAAGAAAAUCUUCGUUCAGAACUGAUCGAUAAUGCUGCAAUCAAAGGCGAUACGAUUUCACCAAACGAAUUACAAGAGUUCCGAAACACCGUGUGUGGAGUGCUGAAUCACCAGGCUGAUGUUGUUCCAAUAGUAAAUCGAAUGGAUUUCGCUCAAUGCACCUAUCUCUUGUCGGUUUUACGUAUGGAAAAAAUGAGAGUGGUUCAUGCUGAACACAAGGAGGCGUUGCACGAGUUCUUCAAGUAUCUUGAGGACAAAACAAUUCGGAAGGACAAAGGUGGAAUGUGGAUGUGCUUGUUAGCUGGAGCAUCGAUUGUCUUCGAAGCGUAUCUCGAUAAUUACAAAAAGAAUCGAGCGAAUGAGUCCUCCGAGUCAGCGCUGGAGUAUCAUGUUCAAUUUUUGCUUGUUCAAUUCAAUCACAACCUCAAAGAGGUUCGCCGUUGUGCUGAUGCUUGCCUUUCUAGAUUAGUGGACACAUUUCCGUAUCUGCUCUGGAGUGGGAGAGUCUUGACGACAGCGCUACGUCUUCUACAGGCCUUACAACUGAAUCUUGUCCAAGACCCAACCUGUAGUGAAACAACGUUUACAAUGAAUGGUCUACCUUGGAGCAUUCAGUUGCAGGAUUCGAUCGAGGGACGCACGAUGGUGGUGAAAGACUUUUCCCAACGUUGUGAACAAAUAUUACAAGAAGCGAUGAAAUGGGCACCAGCGAUCACUCAUAGCCACUUGCUGGAAUAUGUUUCCACAUUUGGAGCGCCAUCAGACACGUCGCUACGGCUAGCGAUGGAUGCUGUCACGAAUGCCGGCUCCGAGAACACCAGCAUGUAUUUAUCGUCUCUCCAUAUGAGAAGCAUGUACCUAGGAGAGGUGAAAGGAGUGCUAGCGUCUCGUGCAGCCGAUGAGGAUGAAACUCCCGAAUGCAGUUUGGUGAAACGGCUGGAGAGGGACUUGACGGUAGCAAUAGCAUCUGGAUCAAAAGAAGAACUUCAGAAUGCCAUUAUGCUUCUCACUGCACUUUUUGUGACGUUGAAAGACGUGAAUGAUCACAUUCUUUCGAUUUUGGUUCGUUGUCCACUUCGUAGUUUCGAUGAAUCCACUCUACAACUCUGUGUUUUAAGUUGGAAUUGGAUUCUGGCUGCAAGGAACGAUAUUCAAAAUAUUUUUUUGCGUGAAAUGUGCUCUGCGUGGACGGAAUCCUGCCGACAGGGCUUGGGAAUUUAUGAGCGAAUGGCGCCAUCACAGUCACCCUUGUGCGAACAACUCAAAUCACCCCCAAAGCCUCCGCAUUAUAAGCCCCAUGCGCUUUGGUUGAAUUUAAGUAUCUUCCAGUUUAUCGCCGAACGAGUGGACGUAGCCAAGUAUAGCAGUAGGGAACAGUUAGACAUUCUUGAAACGAUGUUCGCUCAAUCGCUGAGUCUUGUGGUCGGAAGUGGACCGGUGACAGUGGCCCCAUCACCAGCUCUUUCUCUUCCCUUAUUCGAACAGCAUGUGUUCCUCACACGAAGUAUCGAAGCAGUUGGAGUGCGUUUUCGACUUCUAUCCUGUGCUCUCAGUAUGCUCCAGGGUGAAGCAACUGCUGCCAGGCCUUCGAACAACGUCAUUCGUCAACGAGUUUAUGCUUCAGCACUCGAUUAUUUUACGUUGUCUCCGCAAGGGCCAACGCAAAUGCAGGCACAACUAAGAGCAGAUGUUAAAUUGCUGAUCUCGUUCUGGCAGGUGCUUUAUGCGGAUGGGAAAUACAUCAAGAAGGAAAUAUUCCUAACAAAAGAUAAUGAGCUUGGAAUAACGCCAACUUUGAACCAGAUAGAGCCGUACGUGGAGCAAUUGGGAAAUCGGUCUUCUAGUCAGACAUGGCAUGCUGCAUCGUCGUCUAGCACGCACUAUGUGAAUACUCUGACGUUGUCGAAAAAUGCCAUAACAUCCACUCGUGGGAGUGUCUCACGUAAAUUCAUAUCGAAUGGAAAAAAUUCGAUGGAUGUGGAGAAGCAGGUUAAAAUGUUCCUAAGGUGGAGAAACCUCAUACUACUACUCGUGGGAAAUGAAAUAGAGCGUCUGUGCGCUUGGCUUAAUCCUCUGGGAGAAUCAACAGAGGAAGGUGUAGGUCCGGUGGAGCAGUGGAUGAAAAGCACGUUGCCUGAAAUCCGAGUUGAAACUCGAGUACUGAAAGAAAACUCGAAACUGGCUUGGGAAAUCUCACCUGAACUAGCUGUAUACCUCCCAACAAGAUUUCGCACAUGCCCAACUCUUCGUGACACCCUGCAGGAGAUGGUUCGGCUGCAACCAGAAGCGGUUUCACACCUUCCAGACGCUCUGCCUCUGUUUCUUGGGGACACAACUGUGUUCGAACAUACUGACAUUGCUCAUGUGCUCACAUGGGCUACAUGCUCUCCGGUAAUGGCGCUUUCUCUGCUUACUCCCCGACAGUAUCCUCUCCAUCCAGUCACAGUACAGUAUGCAGUUCGAGUGUUACGUUCCUAUCCUGCUGACGCGCUCCUGAUGUACAUUCCACAGCUUGUCCAAGCAGUCAGACACGAUACUAUGGGUUAUGUAGCUGAGCUGAUCGUAUGGUUAGCUGGUCACUCACAGCUUUUGGCCCAUCAAUUGAUUUGGAAUAUGGAAACGAAUAUGUAUACAGAUGAAGAUAGCAAGAAUAAAGAUCCUGUGCUUUUCGAUGCUCUCAAUGAUAUCAUCAAAAAGAUGGUGCCAACUGAGUUUUAUCGUUCUUGUCGCGCUGGUUGUGUGAAGUUUGCUAUUCAGACCACCAGUCAGCUCGAAGGUGCCGCUCGCCGUUUCCACGAAGCCGAGUUUACGUUGUUUCAUCGGCUCACUGCAAUCUCCGGCACAAUCAAGCCUUUUCCGAAAGGCGAUGCAAGAAAGAAGGCUUGUCUCAAAGCGCUGGCUGAGGUAAAACUGGAGACCAUCACCUACCUCCCAUCGAAUCCGGAAGCAUUUCUUUUGGAAAUUGAUUAUUCGAGCGGAACACCAAUGCAAAGUGCUGCCAAAGCUCCAUUCUUGGCUCGCUUCAAAGUUCAACGAUGUGGGGUGCACGAACUGGAGCGACUCGGGUUGGAGGCGCAGUCGCAAGAAAAAGGCAAGCCACCGCCGCCCAGGGCUGAUUUGAAUGAGCUGCGAAGAAUCAACGAUAGUGGCACAUGUUGGCAGGCGGCUAUAUUCAAGGUAGGAGAUGAUGUCCGGCAAGACAUGUUGGCUCUCCAGCUGAUGCAGCUAAUGAAGAAUGUUUGGGCUGGUCUUGGGCUUCCCGUUUGCGUCUUUCCAUACAGGGUAGUGGCAACAUCACCGGGAUGUGGAGUGAUCGAAUGUGUACCGAAUUCGAAAAGUCGAGAUCAACUUGGACGUCAAACUGAUUUCGGGCUAUAUGAGUAUUUCAAGACGACAUACGGCGAUGAGAGCAGCGAAUCAUUCCAGGAAGCGCGUCGGAAUUUCGUUCGAAGCAUGGCCGGCUACUCAGUGUUCAGCUUUUUAUUGCAAAUCAAGGAUAGACAUAACGGCAACAUCAUGAUCGAUUUAGAUGGCCAUAUCAUACAUAUAGACUUUGGCUUCAUGUUCGAGAGCAGUCCGGGAGGAAAUCUUGGUUUUGAACCAGAUUUCAAGCUAAGCGAAGAAAUGGUGGCGAUCAUGGGUGGUAAGAUGGAAGCGACCCCGUUCCGCCAGUUUGCUACGCUCUGUGUGCAGGCCUACCUGGCUGUUAGGCCCUAUCAAAAAGCUUUCGUGUCGCUGGUAUCUUUGAUGCUUGACACCGGGCUUCCGUGUUUCCGAGGUAAAACCAUCCAGCAGCUGCGAGCACGUUUUGCUCCUGAAAUGAACGAGAGAGAUGCAGCAAGGACCCCUGGCACGGUCAAAAAAGAGCGUUUCCUGAGCGAAGCCAUGUUUUCUGGAUUUUUCAGUCUUAUUGAUGCAGGUUAG